AUGGAGGAGGGGAUGGAGGAGGUGAUGGAGGAGGUGAUGGAGGAGGGGAUGGAGGAGGAGAUGGAGGAGGUGAUGGAGGAGGUGAUGGAGGAGGGGAUGGAGGAGGAGAUGGAGGAGGUGAUGGAGGAGGUGAUGGAGGAGGUGAUGGAGGAGGUGAUGGAGGAGGGGAUGGAGGAGGAGAUGGAGGAGGUGAUGGAGGAGGGGAUGGAGGAGGUGAUGGAGGAGGUGAUGGAGGAGGUGAUGGAGGAGGUGAUGGAGGAGGUGAUGGAGGAGGUGAUGGAGGAGGGGAUGGAGGAGGAGAUGGAGGAGGUGAUGGAGGAGGGGAUGGAGGAGGUGAUGGAGGAGGUGAUGGAGGAGGUGAUGGUCGGCUUCCACUAG